AUGUUUAACCCGGACACUCCAAUCACUCUGGCGGAGUCUCAAGGGGAAAGUGCCGUGCGACAGGACUCCACGCAACCAUCGUCUCCGAUGACGGAUGCAGGUGAUCAAGAACCAAAACCUACGACGGAGGAUAAAAUGGAUAUAGUUGAAGACAUAGAAGGAAUGGAUACUAAAGCUAAAGCGCUCAUGCAUCUUUUGAAUACAAGCGAGGUCUUCGUGGCUAUUAUGGCUGACAGGAUGAAAAAGCAACAAGAGGAAGCGAAACGCGAGGCAGCCAAACAGGAGCAGCAGAAGAAAGAGUCCGAGACAAAAAAGAAGCCUACUGUACCGAUGGUAAAGCGAGAGACGCGCACGAGUGCGAGGCAGAGCGCAGUGAAAGAGCCAGUUGCUGUCAUAAAGCCAGAGACAAAUGAGCAAGCAGAAGAGAAGUCGAAGAAAGGUCGGGGUAAAAAGGCUGGCGCAAAUGGUAAAGCAAUUUCGAGCUAUUUCAAGAAGGCUGAUGUAAAAGUGUCCGAGGAUAACCCCACGGUCAAGGAAGCUCUGGAACAUGCUGCGGACGAGUAUGAAGCUAAUCCGACUGCCCUUGGGGGUCAAGAACUUGUUGCCACGCAGCAGCCGCAAUUAGUUACCGGUGGUCAAAUGCGGAAGUAUCAAUUGGAGGGCCUGGAAUGGCUUAAAUCUCUUUGGAUGAAUGGGUUGUGCGGAAUUUUGGCCGACGAGAUGGGUCUUGGGAAAACCAUUCAGGCGAUCUCAUUGAUUGCAUUCUUCAAGGAGAACAAAAUAUCCGGACCUUUUUUGAUCUCGGCUCCGCUGAGUACGGUGAGCAAUUGGGUGGACGAAUUUGCAAGAUGGACACCAAGUAUCAAGACAGUGCUAUAUCAUGGCUCCAAAGACGAGCGUACCUCGAUCAGGAAAAAGUUCAUGAACAUUAAAAACCAAAAAGACAUGGAUUUCCCGGUAGUUUGUACCUCUUAUGAGAUAUCCAUGAACGAUCGGAAGUUCCUUGCGCAAUACCAAUGGAGAUACAUCAUUGUGGAUGAAGGACAUCGCUUGAAGAAUAUGAACUGCCGACUCAUCAAAGAACUGCUCACGUACAACUCCGCAAACCGACUGCUUAUCACCGGUACACCUUUGCAGAACAACAUAACGGAGCUGUGGUCCUUAUUGCAUUUCUUGCUGCCUGAGAUCUUCAACGACCUCAACAGCUUCCAGAGCUGGUUUGACUUUUCGUCAAUGCUGGAUAAUAGUGGCCAGACAGAUGUGAUCGAGCGUCGGAAGCGUAACCUUGUUUCUACGAUGCACUCUAUUCUGAAGCCCUUCCUACUACGGCGCGUGAAAACGGAUGUUGAACAUUCCCUUCCCAAGAAACGUGAGUACAUUCUCUAUGCACCUCUGACAGCAGAGCAAAAGGACCUGUACCGUGAGAUUUUGAAUGGCACGGGCCGCCAAUAUCUUGAGGAAAAAGCGAGGGAAAGGCUGUUUACGCGAAAUGAGAAGCUGUCACUCUCUGGUAGCCUAAAACGAAGCGCCGAUAGCAGCGAAUUGUCCACCCCCAACAAGAGUCUGAAAUCAAGCCGCGGUUCUACUCCUGCCAGUACAACUGGGUCUAUUCGCAGAUGCAGAGGACUGCAGAGUUAUAAGGAAUUGAGUGACCGUGAAUUUAAUGCGAAGCUACGGAGGCUUGAGCAAGGUAUUGAGGAGGACUUGGAUAUUGAAGGUGAAGGUCCUGGGGAGACGGAGGAAGAAGAGUUAGAAAGAGCAAAGACUAUUAAUCUUGCAAAGAAGGAAAUAGCCCAGAAGAAGAUGCAAAACCCUGUCAUGCAGGCUCGAUUAGCUUGCAAUUCCCCGCACAAUUUCUACUGGCCCUGGGGCGAUGGACCCAUCGAUCAAUCUCUUGUCACUGCGUCGGGAAAAAUGCUUCUCUUGGACCGUCUUGUCCCCUGCCUUCUACAGAAGAAACAUAAAAUACUAAUAUUCUCCCAAUUCAAGACCCAGCUAGAUCUCCUUCAGGAUUGGGCCACACAGCUUCGUUCCUGGCACUGUUGCCGGAUCGAUGGCGCUAUUAGCCAGGCAGAUCGCCAGGCCCAGAUCAAGGCUUUCAAUUCUGACCCCAAAUACAAGCUUUUUCUCCUCAGCACGCGAGCAGGAGGGCAAGGCAUUAACCUCACAGCUGCAGACACGGUAAUCUUAUACGACUCCGACUGGAACCCACAGCAGGACCUACAGGCACAAGACCGGGCCCAUCGCAUUGGUCAAACCAGACCCGUGAUUGUAUAUCGCCUAGCUACAAAAGGAACCGUUGAGCAAACCCUUCUUGAGAAAGCGGACUCAAAGCGUCGGCUGGAGAGAUUGGUCAUCCAGAAGGGUAAAUUCAAGAACCUUCUGGACAGUGGCUCGGGGGCGACUCAUAACGACGUUGAAGAUCUCAGAAAAGCCCUUGGAGAAGAUGAAUAUGAGCUCUUUGAGACUGGAGCAGACCCCACUGCGCUCCUCUCUCAGAAAGACCUCAAUAUUCUCACAGACCGCUCUGAGGAGGCAUACGCCCGUGCUGAGAAAGGUUUAGACCAGAGUGGGCCGGCAUUCUUGGCAGUGGAGACGAAACAAAAUGGCAGCGGUUUGAUGGCCCAGAUCGCUGGUAAAUGA